CCCCGGGGCCUCAAACUUAUUUCCGAUCAGAGCUUGGAGCCGAACACAACCCUCGGACGAAAUCAUCGCCAGAUCAUCAGAUCCCCAGAAGCAGCUACAGCAGCAGCAGUGGCCAUGAAGUGCUUUUUGUUAACCACCGUGCUUGCGACCUUGACAGUUGCCUCUUUGGCUGCUCCCCUGCAGUUCAGCGAUAUUCUGACCGCCUUCCAGCCGGCGAAUAAGCCGGAUGUGGUCAAGCGCCAGGUGGUCGGCAAUCCUGAUGCCGAGCUGAAGCAGGUCUCGUUUCACGGUCUGAUCGGGGAUCUGGAGGACAGUCUCUUCCAGUCAGCCCUCAGCCUGCACCAAGCCAGUGCCCCGGGCAGUGAGGUGGAGGAGGUCAGGCCCCAGCCUGUGGCCAGCGAGGAGGAGGAGCACUCGAUUACCAAGCGUUCCGAUGAGUCUACUCCCGCCACAGAUUCCGCCUCCACGGACGAUGGUCUAGCUCGCAAGAUCUUGCUGCAGACCACCAAGAAAGUUCCCGGCGAAGACGGAGUACCUGCCCACUUGAUCAUCGAUCAUGUAUCCGUGCAGCCGCACAACGGAGGCGCUCUGCCGCUGAUCCCCACCUUCCAGGUGCACCACACCAAGCUGAUCUCGGCCACCAUCAAGGAGGACUCGAACAACGACAGCAGUGAUGGCAAGCAGACCAAGAUUAGCAUCACCAAGACCUCGAUCACGUCCACAGCGCCGCUGGAGAGUGUGGAGGAGGCUGUGGCUCUGGCCUCCAAGGAGGAAACCAGCUCCGUUGUGGUUCCUGUCAAGGAGGAGAGCACCACAGUGGUUCCUGUCAAGGAGCAGAGCACCACAGGGGCUCCAACCAAGGUCGAGAGCUCCACCAAGGCCUCCGGCACGUCAGAGACCUCCGAGGAGGAUAAGAAGAGCUCCAGUACCACCGUCCUGGCCAGUGUGAGUGAUAGCUCUAUCUCAACCACCGCUUCUAGCACCACCUCGACCACCACUCCAUCGACCACUUCCACCACCACAGAGGAGCCCAUUCAGAAGCUAAAGAAGGACGAGGAGAAGCUCAAGGAGAAAGUGGCCGAGGUGGAGGCCGACCCUGUUAUCCUCUCGGCUCGCGUUUAAGCCAGCUGACCUUUGAACCGCUCCUAGUUUUAAUGUCAUCCCCACACUCUCUCACAUAUUUAUACGACACGCUGACCAAGUUCAAUUAAAGUCAUGUGAUUUUUGAUC